AUGUCGCCGGGCGCUUCAGGUGAAGAAGAACGACCAGAACUCCUGGGUUCCUUGACAACACAGCAGCAACAGCGAACUAGUGCCAGGGUUAUCAAGAAGCUGCGACUGGAGUCUCCAGCCGAUAAAAGAGAUACAACAGAAUGUGACACGCCUAAAAUUGACGAAAAAGACCCACCAAAAUUCCCAACCCAGUGCGCUGUCAAACAACGGAUGCCCAAAGCGCUAUGGUCGGCUGACGAGAAAAGUUUAUUCUUCGAAGCGCUGAACGAGUAUGGAAAGGACUUUGAUGCCAUCACCGCGUAUAUUUGCGGCAAGAUGAAAAAGAAGGGGAUGACGGACGGUCUCAAGACAAAAACUCAAGUCAGCCAUUUUUAUUACAGGACGUGGCAUAAGCUAUCUAAGCAUGUACAAUUUGACGAGAACGUAAAAAAGGUGGCCCAAGAGCUUUAUGCUCUGAUAAACUAUGGAGAGUUGCGGAGAAAGCUCGCAUCUGUUAGCGAGAAGACUUGCGCACGCCUCGGGGAGAUGGUACGGGGAGGAAGCAUGGCGGUACGUGCGAGGGGUCGAACUAUGCGCGUGCGCACACCCAUGUGUCGGGCCCUUCGCCGCCUUAAUCAGAUCACAGAACGUGUUUGUGGGACUCGCGUCUGUUCGCGUGCACAAGUGGUUCUGCGCGCGCGCAACUCGAGCGCAUGGGCGCGGGUGCAAGCGGCUGCUCACAACCCACGCUUGGCGGCUGCUUUACCACUUAGGACAAGACUUGCUGCCUUCAUUAGGGCGCUCCAGAAGCGUUGGAAGUCCGCCAACUAUAAAGAGAGAGUAAUAACAAACGGCAUAGACAAGGAUCACGCGGACCCAGAAGAGCAUGAAGUCGCGGAUACCAACGACGAUGAACUAAAAUCACAUCUCAACCUGAAAACAGACAGGAUCAUUACUGCAGAAAGUAAACUACCAAAGAAGCUGGCGUUACAUCUAGGACCACGACCCGGAGUAGAGAUUCAUCUUCCUGUUCUUAGUCCGAGCGAACAGCUCUCCAGUCAGAAAAUCUGCUUCUCAUCGUAUUUAGAGAGGAUGGGGUCAUUGCACCGGGAUAAAGAUAGCUUGAAAAUACGGACACCGAAACGACAAAGAAAAGACAGUACAUCAGAAAAAGAUAAGGACGAAUCUAAAAAGGUGAAAUUGGAGGACACAGACAAUAAAUUGGUUAACAUUGACGAGACCGCGAUAGACGGAAUAGAACUAAUGGCGCAUUUUAAAAAUACUCAUGAUGAUGAAGAAAAACCUAGUACUGAAGACGAAAAGGACCUAAAAUCUGAGGAAACUGCUGAGGAAGACGGAGAACCGUUAGAGAGAGAGAACGCUAUGUCGGAAAGAGAGAAAGAUAGCUUCUCGGAGAUGGAAGACGAAGAGAAGUACAAUAAGAGCGACACAGAUAACGAGAGUGAUUGCAAAAUGGACAAAGAUACCAAGUUUAAUCAUCUGAAGGUGAAAUUUCGAAUACGUCCAAAGAAACGAGGUGGUAGUAUCUAUACGUUAGUUUUAGGCAAAGACUGUGAUGAUAUUAAAAGUGAAGAACUUAAAACAGAGGAACCCAAGAGUGAAGAAGAGAUAAAGCCAAUAAUAGAUGUAGAAACAGCGACACGACAAAUCAGAGCGGGUUGGAGCCAAUACGAUGCUGGAGAUCUCACUAUUGGGGACUUAUACUUAAUGUUUGGAUCGCGUUCAAAACUUGAGCUGGACUAUUGGUGGGCGGAAGCCACGCCCCCUUUACCGCAAUCAAUCAAAACGAACAAAACUUCCGACACGGACAAGUUAGACAAAGAUAAAAUUAUCGAAAAGAGGGAGAAGGGUAAUAAGACUCCGGAGAAGGUGGACAGCACUGUGGACGAUGAUCGGGAUAAGAGUGACACGGAUAUACUAUUCUCGCCAAAGAAUACCUUUAGUCACGAUAGCAAUGAUGGAAUGUCGGGAGAUGAGAGGAAAAGCGAAGCACUCGCAUCUCCUGAUCAUAAAUCAUCAGGGACCUUGAAGGUGGUUAACAAAUUGAUCAACCGGGCUGAUACGCACCCUCCGUCCGAUGGUUUUUCAUUGUUGAGCGACAGGCUAAAGCGUCUCCUUGCUUUAGCUGGCAACACUCACAUAUCUACGGCCGCCAACACGUCCGUAUCGAAAUGCAACUGUGGACAUGUCUGUCCUAAGAAACAGAAACCUCAAAUGUACACGCCUCAAAUGCCCAUCAACAUGAUUAUGAAGAGCGAUAACCAUUCCAUGUUUCGACAUCCAACGCCCAUUGCGCCUCGUCCCUUCACUGAGAACCGUAGUCCAAUGAACCUGGAUGGCUUACCAAGACGACGUCGUGGUAGACCGCGCGUGUCCGAGCAAGACACCCAGCGAGUUGUUGUUCAAAGGCUUUUGCCGUUAUUGCCAAAACUACCGCCACCUAGCAAUUUGAUUCCGGUCAAGUUAGUGCCCAACGUAUCUCCACCAGUGUUACCAAAAAUAAUACCCAAGCCACUUACGUCUACUAGCGAUUGGUCCGCCUAUUACGUCCUGAGCGAGUCGAAUGGUCAGUUCUUCUUCCACGAUGGAGAUCGCCGCAUCCUAAUCAACCCACCAGAGGACGAUGAGGAACCUGACGAUUUUAACCAAGAAGAAGUGGACAUUAAGAACGUAAAAAAAGAAUUGUCAAGUCAAAAUGGCGACUGCGAUAAAGUUAAACAGGAGUCCAACUCAGAGCCGGCAUCGAUGAAGUCUGAACAAUCCGAUAUGACGAGUUUCUUAACGUCAGAAUCGAUGUCCCUUUCCCCAUCGCGACUGCUUCGGGACGCUGAUGGCUGGUUGGAAGGUUCUGUGCAAGAUUUUUCUCUAAGCUCCUUCCUGAACCAACUGGAAGGACGUCAUUCUGAUACCACGGUGGAGUCCCAACUACAGUCGCUAAUGGCAGAGUCGAGUGUAGACUACGUCGCUAAGUUCGCGGACUUAGCCGCUGAAGUCGCAGAACAUCGAAAUCAGAACGAAGAACUUCCAUAA